AUGUCAAACUCUUCCCUUCCAUUGUUGUUUCUUCUUUUGGCCUUUUGCAUUAUUUCAGCCUCAGCUGAACCUUAUUAUGAAAACUCUGAUUAUAAGCCUUCCUCUUCCUACACACCCUCAAGCAGUGAUACUGUAUUCUCUCUUCAAGUCCCUACAUUAGAUGAAACCAAAUUUUAUAAUCUUCUAUCCUUUGGUUACUACCGUAAAACCUGCCCCCAAUUUGAGUCCAUCCUACAUAACAAAGUGAAAGAAUGGAUCAAGAAGGACUACACUUUUGCAGCUAGUCUCAUGAGACUCCACUUCCAUGAUUGCUCUGUCAGGGGAUGUGAUGGGUCUAUUCUGUUGAAACAUGAUGGAAGUGAGAGGAUAGCAGAAGUUAGCAAGACACUGAGAGGGUUUGAAGUGGUGGAUGAUAUUAAGGCAGAGUUAGAGAAACAAUGCCCCAAGAUUGUGUCUUGUGCUGACAUUCUCACUGCUGCUGCAAGGGAUGCCACUGUUGAGGUAGGUGGGCCUUAUUGGGCCGUUCCUUAUGGCAGGAAAGAUGGGAAGGUGUCCAUUGCUGAGGAAGCUAAUAUGGUGCCUAUGGGCCAUGAAAACAUCACUUCCUUGAUUGAGUUUUUCCAAUCCAGAGGCAUGACAGUGCUUGACUUGGUUGUUCUCUCAGGGGCUCAUACUAUUGGAAGAACAUCGUGUGGCUCCAUCCAAAAUAGGCUAUACAAUUACCAAGGAACAGGAAAACCAGACCCAACCAUAGAUCCCAAGUAUUUGAACUUCUUGCAAAGGAAGUGUAGAUGGGCCUCAGAGUAUGUGGAUCUUGAUGCUACAACACCAAAGAACUUUGACAAUGUGUACUACAUAAAUCUCAAGAAGAAAAUGGGGUUGUUAUCCACAGAUCAAUUUCUAUACUCAGAUCCAAGGACUGCACCUCUUGUUUCAGCAUUGACUGCCACACAUUCUGUUUUUGAACACCAAUUUGCAGUAUCCAUGGGAAAGCUUGGCAUUGUCGAUGUUAUCACGGACCAAGAUGAAGGAGAAAUCAGAACCAAUUGCAAUUUUGUUAAUGCUUAUUGA